AUGUUUCACUGGUGGAUCUUAGAAGCAUUGGAAAACAUGGCAGCUUUCCUAUUUGAUGCAGCUAAUAAAGUAGCUCAUCAUGGCCAUGAUGCUGCCUAUGAUGAUGAUUUUUAUGAUCGUUUAUCACGUCGUUAUUCUGUUAUACUUCUUAUUAUAUUUACAGUACUUGUAUCAACUAAACAAUAUGUUGGUGAACCAAUAGCUUGUUUUUGUCCAGCACAUUUUACAGGUACACAUGUUGAAUAUACAAAUAAUGUUUGUUGGAUAUCAAAUACAUAUUUUGUAUCAUUUGAUCGACUUUUACCUAAACAUCCUGAUCCUAAAACUGAACAAUUUAUUUAUUUUUAUCAAUAUGUACCAUUUAUUCUUAUUGUACAAGCUAUACUUUUUUAUAUUCCAUCACUUAUAUGGUCAUCAUUAAAUUCUAAAAGUGGUUAUAAUUUAGGUAUGCUUGUUUCACAUGCACGUAUUAUUGAUACAUAUACCUCAGAGUCACGUGGAGCAUCUGUUCGUUAUUUAGCACGUUUUAUAGACAAAGCACUUGAAUAUCAUAAACAUAAACGUUUAGAAUAUGUUGAUCAAUUACGCUCAUUAAAAUGUUCAUCAUUAUCAUCAAUCUAUGGAUUUUUUCUCUUAAAUAAUCAUGUGUCAAUGCGUGCUAAUCAUUUAAUGUGGUCAUUUUUAUUUUCAAAAUUUCUCUAUUUACUCAAUGCGUUUGGACAAUUAUAUUUGCUCAAUUUUUUUCUUGGUAAUGAUUAUCAUAUGUAUGGUUUUGCAGUUAUUCGAGCUUUAUUUACUGGUAAUGAUGAAAAUUGGACUAUAACACCAAGAUUUCCUCGAGUUACAUGGUGUAAUUUUGCUGUAAGAAAUUUAGCCGAUAAUAUUCAUACAUAUACAGUUCAAUGUAGUUUACCAAUAAAUUUAUUCAAUGAAAAAAUCUUUUUAAUUAUAUGGUUUUGGCUUUAUUUUACAACUUUUUGUACAUUAUUUGGUUUUCUUUAUUGGGCAAGUUCAUUACUUUUUCCUCAAUUUUAUAAAUCACAUAUAACACGUUAUCUAUCAUCAAUGAAACGUAUAAAUAUUCAUCAUUUUCCUCAAAAUCCAUAUCAAGAACAACAACAAUUUCGUCAUCAUCCAUAUAGUUUUUAUCAUCAUCAUAAUAAUCAUCAUCAUUCAAGUUAUCAUCGUCGUCAUUCCUUUGCUCAUUCACAUUAUGGUGCAGGUGGUAGUAGUCAUUAUGGUUCAAUACAUGGUGGUCAUAAUCAUCAUGGCAUUUUAUCAUCAUUUGCUAGUCGAACAUUAAAACCACAUUUAGAUUUAGUUCGUAUGUCACGUCUACGUGAACAAUUAACUCUUCCUACAGAUAACAAUGAACAUAAUACAGCAUCAUCAGUUGAUGAACAAACUCCUCCAUCACCAUCAACUCCACAAACAAUUCCAGUACCUACAAGUCGUGCAUUUUCAGUCUCACAAGAUGAUGAUCGUUUAUUAAUGAAUUUUUUAACACAUUAUCUUGGUCGAGAUGGUAUACUAGUUAUAUAUAUUCUACAAAUGAAUACAAAUGAAGUUAUAACAGGUGAAAUAGUGACAGCUUUAUAUGAAUUAUUUAAAACCAAUACACGAUCUAGUACAACAGAAUAA